AUGACUUCGAGUUGUUGUGGUGUGAAAAAACAAAAAUUGAACAAUUCUUCGGCCUCAGUCUGUAACAAUGGGCCAUCUACCAGUCCUAGUUUCCAUAAAAAUGGCUACACCGUAGCUGUACCUGAUAUGGUCUUUUAUUGUUUUGACGUUCUUCACAGCCAUUUACAUACUUAUGAAGCACCAAAACCAGCGUUUACUAACGAUUCAUUUCCAUUAUUUGUUACAUGGAAGAUUGGGCGUGAAAGACGACUACGAGGAUGUAUUGGUACAUUCGCAGCUAUAAAUCUACAUACUGGACUCAGGGAAUAUGCUGUCAGUAGUGCCAUGAAAGACAGUCGUUUUGUCCCAAUAGCUAAAGAAGAAUUUCCUAAGCUCCAUUGCUCAGUCUCAAUUUUAACAAAAUUUGAAGAGGCUGAUGAUUAUUUGGACUGGGAGGUUGGUAAUCAUGGUAUUCGGAUAGAAUUUGUUAAUGAUAAGGGACACAAGAAGACAGCCACAUAUCUGCCUGAAGUUGCCACAGAACAAGGAUGGGACCGCAUAGAAACAAUUGAUUCACUAUUAAGGAAAGGAGGUUUUAAAGGGACAAUAAAUCCUGAUGUCCGGAAAAGUAUACGAUUGACACGCUAUUGUAGUGAAAAACUCUCAGUUAGUUACUGUGAUUAUGUAGCCAAUAGACAAAAGAAUGGCCAGCAUCCUCAUCAAUGAUGAUGAACCUGUGCAGUCUCUCCAUCACAAGGCAACCGGGAAUGAGUCUUUUUACCCAUUUUACCUUUUAUAUAAAAAGGCAGCACCCAUUUUAAUGGGGAACUCUUCUCAGUGUUUUUCUGAUUGAUUAAAGAUUCUAUGAGAAUAUGGUUGCAACUUCGGCAUUUUAUAUUAAAUACUUGAUCAUCAGGGCAUUUAUGUUAUUCUUGCUUUUAUUGUUUUAUUCGUCGUACAAAUAAAUUCAUCAGUUUCACUGAGGAGGUUAAUGUAAAAGAUAGGCAGCUCCAUCCCAUUUUGAGUAUUCAUGAAACUUGGGCACCAGAAGGGGAAAAUAUCAUUUCGGUUAACCAUUUAUGAUCAGUUUAUAUUAGUACAUACAUCUGGCUGGUUCAUUUUAACUCUUCCAAGAAGUUUAGGGCUUUUUUGUUUGGAAUAUUAAAGCCAUUUUUUGUAAGGUGAUUUAAUGAGCUAGUUGAGUAAUAUCCCUAUCUGCUUACUUGGUAAUCUUUAUUAUGCAGUUGUUUCCCUUACAGAGAGGGUGAUAUUAAGAAAUAUGAGCGAUAUUCAAUCCACUUUAGCAAAAAAAUUCAAAAAUAUUAUUUUUUAAAAAAAUUUAGAAAAUUGACAUUUUUGGCAAUAUAACAUGCCAAUCAUUUUACAUCAUUUGUGACCAGCCUUUACUCGAUUCUAGUCCCUGAGCUAAAUUACACUACCCUAGUGAGGGACAGGAUUGUGAACUUUCAGGAAAGCUUUUUUGCUGUAUAUAAUCUACAUUGUUUAUAUGUAAUGUACAUGUAUCAUACACAAGUCAAAUAUAAUAUUUAUAUAAACAACUUGUAAUGGUUGACUUAGAAACUUGUGUUUAAAUAUCAGAGACCCAGUUCACAAAAACUUAAUCUCUUCCGGUCUUCAAGCACUUAAUAGUAGCAUGGAAUUUGGAGACAGUAAGUUGAACAAGUCUAGGAUAAACAUUUCUAAAUUCUUUCAUCCAUUAUAAUCCUGUUUUAUUAAAGAUAUAAUAUGGGAGAUGAGAUAAAGAUAAAAUAGUUAAAAACUAGAUAAUGUAAAGGGGAUUUGCUGAAAAUUUCAGUCAUAUUGAUCCACUCUGAACCGAGAAUUUAGAGAUUGAAUUUUUGGCCUAGCCUUGAUCAUCUUUACUAAAGUCGUUAUGAUAAAAAACGUAGUCUCGGUUAUCCAGUUUUUGAUUUAAUUAUCAAUGAGCGUUGUGCAGCAGAUAGGAUUCAAAUCCGGUAAAUAUCGUAGGCUAGCAAUGACAUAGAGAGUUGAUUAUGGUCUGGAUAAGUUAAUUAAAUGUCUAAUUAAUAAUUUAGAUAACAUUUCAGGCCUAAAGAAAGACGUGCAGUUGGCAGAUUUAGCUCUUGCAUAAUGCAUGUUUAACUAAAAUAUAUCUGGAAUGGCUACGUUAAAAAUAGGUUUUGAUUUGAAAUAAUUUUUAGCAUGCAAACUUAAAUGGUAAUAAAGUAGGCCUUCUGAUUUUAAGUUCCAGUAAGUUUUUGGGAUUUUAUUUAUCAUGUACCAGUAACAUAGGUUAGUUGGGUUCUGAAUCUAGAUUUUUUAUUAUAUGAGCUGAAGAGAUAAAAGAUUUUAUACCAAUAGGUUGAAAUUUACGGUGGCUGAUUUAGGACACGUAAAAAAUCCAAAAAAAAUCUUGAGCACUUAAGAUGCUAAGUCGAGUGCUUGAGAUGCUAAGUCGGGCGUUUGAGAUGCUAAGUCGGGCGCUUGAGAUGCUAAGUCGAGCGCUUGAGAUGCUAAGUCGAGUGCUUGAGAUGCUAAGUCGAGCGCUGAAGAUACUAAGUCGAGCGCUUGAGAUAUUAAGUUGAGCACUCGAGAUAAUUAAGUACUAAGUUGAGCGCUCAAGAUAAUAUAACCAAACAUGUCUCAACCGAUGUUUUAAGCUGUAUAAUUUUGUGCAUAAUUUGAUGAUAAACUUGCAGAAUAAAAUAAAGAUAUUCAUUUGUUUGUUUUUACAGCCCAUCCAAGGCUGCAGUGACAGAGCGGAUACCCAAUCCCCACCCUGGCAUUAUCAUGCCACUUGCUCCAGGGUAAAUAAGGCAAUGAUCAGUUCCUACAUAUUAAAUAAAUAACCUUGGAUCAGACCUGAGCUUCUAGAUAAGAGGAAUUGUCAGUCUCUCCUAGCAAAACUCUGUAAUCUCGAUAUAUACAAUUGUUGAUUCUUAUAAUAACAUGCGAUAUACUCCCUACUUGGAAGGGGGUAAAUGUAACAGGAAAUAUUUAGUGGUGGUGGUGAGCAUGGGAUGGAGUGUGUGUGUGUUUGUGGGGAGGGGGGGCGCUCCGUCACUGCAGCUUUGGAUGGGCUAUAAAAAUGACCUAUCUUAACUAUCUCGAGCGCUUGACUGAACUAUCUCGAGCACUCGACUUAACUAUCUCAAGUGCUUAACUCAGUAUCUCAAGCGCUCGACUUAGUAUCUCAAGUGCUCGACUCAUCUAAAUCAGCCACCGUAGAAAUUUCACUUUAAUAGAAAAAAAUUAUUUUAGAAAAAGAAGUAACUACAAAAGAAAUGUAUUGUAAAAUUGAACAUUCUUCUAAAUCACAGGAUUAUUAAGAUGCAUAAGAUUCUGCAAUCUAGAUCUUUAUUUCAUUCUUAUUUUGGUUAAUAUACACUACAUGAAGAUCAAACUAUUUCUUGAUUAUUUCUCUGUUCUAUUUAAUGUCUGGUUUCAAAUACUGUGAUUGGGUAAAUUCAACUUUAAAAUUUCUCUUUAUUGGUAAGAGGGAAGGUCAACUGAACACAAACAUACAGUAUAGUUACAUAGUAUAUGUAAACCAACAAUAAAAAAAUUAGAAAGAAAUGAAAGUAUUUCUAGAUUGAUAAAACCAGGUAUAACCUGAAUAUAUUAAAGCAGAAGAUUCUAUGUCAACCAGCCAUAUUAUCGUAAUCAUAUUUGGGUAGAACAACUCUAUUAAGUGUAACUGAUAUCAUCUUUAUCUAUAUAAAUGCCUUUCCCGGUUGCCAGGAGACUGCACACAAAUGUCCAUAUCUAGGUAAUGAAUCUAUACAUGUACUUGUUUGCAUUUUACAGAAAAUAUAUAAUAUUCAUUUUCACAUCAUGAUUAUUAUAACAUAUAGUUAUGUAUCUGUUUUUACAACAUGUGAAGAAAAGCACAACAUUUUUUUUGUACUGUAUUUUAGGUCUUAUGACUGAUUUGUUACAAUGUUUUCAUGUUAUCAAGCUACAAGAACCUUAAUGUUUUUAUCAUCUAUUAAUCUUAAAGGAGCUAAACCCAUUUGAUUCAGGUCAAAAUAAAGUAUUGAAUUGAAUUGAUCUGAUGUGUUAUCUUGAUAAUUUUGGGGCAAGCUCUGUACGAUUAAGCGGAAGUUGGCUUGUUUAGUAACUGUAGUUUCAUAUUUAGCUUACAGUGUCAUCUGUGGAACUCAAAAUUUGUUAAAUCUCAAGUCUUGCUUUAUCGAAGACAAAUUGUCAUCCCACGAAACAAAUCAACAUAUUAUAUUCAAUAAGUCAACAAUUUUAAUUUUGACCCAAAUCAAAGAGGGGUAGUCAUUUUAAUAACAAAAAUCUGGAUAUAUUUCUUAAAUAAAUUUAAAAUUUAUUAUUUAUAAUUUUAAUUGAUUUAGGAAAGGACUGAAAAGAUAUAGAUAUUGGCUUUUAAGACCCAAGCAUAACCCAUUUUAUUUAUGUUUUUAACAACACAAAACCAUCCGCUUGAAAAUGUUAUCAUCUUGGCUUAUCUUAAAAUCUUCUGCGCAUUCUAUUUUGAGGGGAAUUUUCUUUUUCUAAUGUCCAAAUAUGGAAGCCUUUUGUUUUUACAUUGUUCAAAGGGUUCUUAUUUUAACAAUUUGGGGUGGGGAAUCAAGAAGUGUUCUAAAAAUAUCUGUAAAAUAAUCAAAAAAAUGUGUGUUGAUUUAUAAAUGUUUUGAUUUUAUUUGUUUUUCUCUGUUUUUACUCACUUGUAAGUUAUCAUGUGAGCUUCUUUAUUUAUGUUUUUAUCCUUAUGCAUAUGGUUCAUAAUUAAGAGUUUCUUUGAGGCACAGAUAAUGAAAUAAAUGUCCAUUUUUCCUUUUGGGAAGUUAGUGUGACUAUCAAUCAAAGCAUUUUAAUAAUUACUUGCUUAAAUUGAUGGAUUCUACCGAGAGGUAUCAAGUUUCAGAAAGAGUUGAAUGAUUAAGGCCCUGAGCGUAAAUUGGGCGCUUUCAGUACAGUAUUUUUCAUAGAAUCAUAUAAGGAAUGAGACCAGUUAACUGAGCUAUGCAGAUUUGUUGCAAUAGGGAAAAAAUAAUUGUCAUGAAUGUCUUAAGAAAUAUAAAAUUGAACAUUGUCAACACAAGAAAGUUGUUGAUGUAAGAUAUUGAGAGGAAAAACGCUUGAAAAUAGACAAUUUAUGUAUUAAAUUGUGUAUUAAACAAGCAAGGUAUAUGUCUGAAUUACAGAGAAUGAGUCAUUAUGUACACAUAAUCUAAAUUUCUGUUACAAUGCUUAUGGAUCAUUAUUAUGCACCACAGCAACGAGGGAUCAUUAUAUUAAAGGAACAGGUUACAGAUGUGUCUGUGAUUCUAAGAACAAAUCAAUUAUAUCUCAUGAACUUGUCUAAAAUAGAACAUCAAUACUAGAAAUAACUUAUUUAAUAAGCAGCAUUAUAACUCAAUAUGAAUCAUGUUUAAAAAUUCAAUAACCAUUUUAUUUAUUAGGAAAUCUAUUCAUUAGUUGUUCUUAUUAUUUUUCUAUUAUUUUUUCCUGUAUUAUAAGUAAUUGUAAUGUUUUAUAUUUUUUCUAACUGAACACAUAUUAUAUAGAUGUAAGGAUCAUAUGCCCCCCCCCCCCACUCACUGAAGUUAAAUUCAUACUUCUGAAUUUUAAUGCUUGGUUAUUAUUCAUAUAUUUUUUUAUACGCCCACAUUUUCAUGUGGACGUAUAUUGUCGUCCGUCCACAAUUGUUUGUGAACAGUCUUCAUAUAUUUUUUUAUACGCCCACAUUUUCAUGUGGACGUAUAUUGUCGUCCGUCCACAAUUGUUUGUGAACAGUCUACAGGUCACAAUUUUUAUCCGAUUUCAAUGAAACUUGAAAUAUAGGUUUAUCACCCUAAGAUCUCGGUUCCUUUCGAUAUUGGCAUCUUUCGGACCGUAACUUCAUGGAUUAUGGCCCCUGAUUGUACGAAAAAUCACGUUUUUGGCUUGUGAACACUGUAGAGGUCAAAAUUUUUUAUCCGAUUUUGUUGAAACUUGAAAUGUAAGUUUAUAACCCAAAAAUCUCGGUUCCUUUCGAUAUUCGCGCAUAUCGGACCGUAACUUCCUGAAUUAUGGCCCCUGAUUGUACGUAAAAAUGCGUUUUUUGGCUUGUGGACCCUAUAAAGGUCAUAAUUUUUAUCCGAUUUAAAAAAAACUAUUAUUAUAUCACUGUUAAACCCUAAGGACGGUUGACUUCUAAUUUCGUGAAAAUCGGCCCAAAACUGACAGACAAAAUGGCCGCCGUUCGUUCUCAAAUAGCGUAAAAAUAUGGUAUAUCAAGGUUGUGGACCCUAUAGAGGUCACAAUUUUUAUCCGAUUUUGUUGAAAUUUGAAAUGUAAGUUUAUAACACAAAGAUCUCAGUUCCUUUCGAUAUUAGCGCAUAUCGGACCGUAACUUCAUGAAUUAUGCCCCCUGAUUGUACGCAAAAACGCGUUUUUUGGCUUGUGGACCUUAUAGAGGUCAUAAUUUUUAUCCUAUUUAAUAAAAAGUGUUAAUAUAUCACUGUUACACCCAAAGGACGGCUGAGUUCGAAUUUCGUGAAAAUCGGCCCAAAACUGACAGACAAAAUGGCCGCCCUUCGUUCUCAAAUAGCGUAAAAAUAUGGUAUAUCAAGGUUGUGGACCCUAUAGAGGUCACAAUUUUUAUCCGAUUUUGUUGAAACUUGAAAUGUUAGUUUAUAACACAAAGAUCUCGGUUCCUUUUGAUAUUCGCGCACAUCGGACCGUAACUUCAUGAAUUAUGGCCCCUUAUUGUAUGACAAAUCGCGUUUUAGCUUGUGGACCAUCUAGAGGUCAUAAUUUUUAUCCGAUUUAAAAAAACGUUUUAUUAUAUCACCAUUAAACCCUAAGGACGGCUGAGUUCGAAUUUCGUGAAAAUCGGCCCAAAACUGACAGACAAAAUGGCCGCCGUUCGUUCUCAAAUAGCGUAAAAAAUGUGGUAUAUCAAGGUUGUGGACCCUAUAGAGGUCACAAUUUUUAUCCGAUUUUGUUGAAACUUGAAAUGUAAGUUUAUAACCCGAAGAUCUCGGUUCCUUUCGAUAUUCGCGCAUAUCGGACCUUAACUUCCUGAAUUAUGGCCCCUGAUUAUACGAAAAAUCACGUUUUUAGCUUGUGGACCCUAUAGAGGUCAUAAUUAUUAUUCGAUUUAAAAAAUCAUAUUAUAUCACCGUUACACCCUAAGGACGACUGAGUUCGAAUUUCGUGAACAUCGGCCAAAAACUGACAGAUAAAAUGGCCGCCCUUCGUUCUCAAAUAGCGUAAAAAUAUGGUAUAUCAAGGUUGUGGACCCUAUAGAGGUUACAAUUUUUAUCCGAUUUUGUUGAAACUUGAAAUGUAAGUUUAUAACCCAAAGUUCUUGGUUCCUUUCGAUAUUCGCACAUAUCGGACCGUAACUUACUGAAUUAUGGCCCCUGAUUGUGGACCCUAUAGAGGUCAUAAUUUUUAUCUGAUUUAAAAAAACGUAUUAUUAUAUCACCGUUACACCCUAAGGACGACUGAGUUCGAAUUUCGUGAAAAUUGGCCCAAAACUGACAGACAAAAUGGCCGCCCCUCGUUCUCAAAUAGCGUAAAAAUAUGGUAUAUCAAGGUUGUGGACCCUAUAGAGGUCACAAUUUUUAUCCGAUUUUGUUGAAACUUGAAAUGUAAGUUUAUACCUCAAAGAUCUUGGUUCCUUUCGAUAUUUGCACAUAUCGAUUUGUAAUUUCCUGAAUUAUGGCCCUUGAUUGUAGGAAAAAUCACUUUCGUUUAGCUUGUUUUCUAUCCAUCUCUCGAAAAUGUGGGCGUCUCCUGCCUGGCAGCCGCUGGUUUUAUUUAUAAUUAAAAUGUUUAACAUUCAGUUAUUUGUAUGAUUAUUCCUUUUAAUUUGCUUCUAAACUAGACCUGCAGAAUGACCAGAGUUUAAUCUGCAUAGGCCAAAGAGAAUCUUAGGAUUUUCAAGUCGGUUUGCCCAUUUGACAAUAAUAGUGCCUCCAGUGCUGACAAGGACAUUUUUGUAUAGGGUAAAAACCCUACUUAAAGAAUAUAGGUGAAAACAUUGCUGGGAAAAAUUGUCCUUCCUAGCUUGGCACACAUGACCAUAUAAAACAGAACUGUAGUCUCAACAAAAUUAGUUUAACUCCUUUCCUUAACUUGAUCCUCAUGUUAGGCUUGAAAUAUUUAAAUAAAGUACGAAUUUAGUACCAGGUAGUUUAAAUUAAGAGCUGGUCAUAUCGUCCUUAUGUAGUUGUUGAUUUCUUUAUUAACAGUAUAUGUAUCAUUUUAAUAUAAAAAUUUGUAGUCGUAUAAUUGUGACUGUACUAAUCAUUGGUGAAUGAAACUUGUUUUUUUUUUUUUGGUGAAUCUUAUAAAAGUGUGCUGUAUGAGGAUGUUUAAUAGAUGCAAUAAAAGUAUAUUAAAAAAAA